AUGGCUUCAGCAGCGAAGAAGAAGCUUGUAGUCUGCGGAGGAAAUGGAUUCCUUGGAAGCCGCAUCUGCAGAGCAGCGGCGCAACGCGGCUGGGCUGUAACCUCGAUAUCACGCUCUGGCACCCCCAACUGGCCCUCCGUCUCCUCCUCCCCGACCCCUCCUUCCUGGUCCGCCUCCGUAUCCUGGGAAAAAGGCGACGUCCUCGACCCGUCCACCUACGCCUCGCACCUCACCUCCGCAACUGCUGUAGUCCACACCAUGGGUAUCCUCCUCGAAGCCGACUACAAAGGCGUCGUUUCUGGCCGCGAAUCCCCCAUAUCCGGCCUUCAACGCGCCUUCAGCGCCGCAAAAGCCGGGACGCAGAAUCCAUUCGAAAGGAAAGAGGGAGAGCGGCUAACGCCCCAGGAGAAAGACGGACAGCUCACGUAUGAGGUCAUGAACAGGGACAGUGCGGUUAGCCUGGCGAAGGAGGCGGAGGCAAAGAAAGUGCGGACGUAUUUGUAUGUUAGUGCUGCGGCGGGGGCACCUGUGCUGCCUAAGAGGUAUAUCACGACGAAGCGCGAGGCAGAGCAGAUCAUAGGCACCAGCUUUUCUGGUAUGAGGAACGUGUUCAUAAGGGCGCCGUUCAUGUACGAUUCGAGUCGGACAUUUACGCUGCCGAUUGCUGCGGCGGGCGGGAUCGCAAGUAUGGUGAAUAGUGCCGUGGGAGGGAGGCUGACUUGGUUGAUGGGGGCAGGGGGGAUCAAGCCGCUUAAGGCGGAUACGGUUGCGGAUGCAAUUGUGGAGGCAUUGGAGGAUGGCGAGGUGAAGGGGCCGGUGGAGGUGGGGGAGAUUGAGAAGCUGGCUACGAGGGCCUGGAGGAAGAAUAUGCUGUAA